AUGCAACCUUGCUGCCUGCUCCUAACACUCAGCCUGCUGGCUGCUGCCCCAUUCUUAUUAUGGGCAUGCCCUACCAAUUGCCACUGCCAUGGAGGGGACCUUCAGCAUGUAAUCUGUGACACUGCAGGGCUGACCAAGCUCCCCAAGGUAUCAGAGCAAACACGCCUGUUAAACCUACAGAGGAAUAACUUUCCAGUGCUGGCCCCCAACUCUUUCAAGGAGAUGAAGGGGUUAGUCUCCUUGCACAUGCAGCACUGCAAGAUACGGGAGGUCUCCAGUGGUGCUUUCAGAGGUCUCAAGAGAUUGGUCUACCUCUAUCUGUCCAACAACGAAAUAAGCAUUCUAGGCACAGGAGCAUUCGAUGAGUUGACCGAACUCACCUAUCUCUACAUGGACCAUAACAAGAUCAUUGACCUUCCCAAAGGACUCUUCUCACCUCUCUUCAACCUGUUUAUCCUGCAGCUCAGCAACAACAAAGUGCGUGAGUUGAAACCGGGAACCUUCGCAGGGGCUAAGGACCUCCGCUGGCUCUACGUAUCCGACAAUGAGAUCACUAACAUGCAGCCAGGUUCUCUGGAUGAAGUGGAAAACCUGGCCAUCUUCCACAUGGACGGCAACCAGUUUAGCUCCUAUCCGCUGGCUGCCAUUAGCAAGCUGAGAGUGGUAGAAGAUCUGAAGAUAUCCAGAAACCCCAUAAAGAUCAUCCCUGAUUUUGCCUUUCAGUCCUUUGGGCGUUAUAUGGAGUCUCUGUCCAUGGAAAAUAUGGGCGUGGAGAAGUUCACAGACAAAGCAUUUGUGGGAGCCACGACUCUCAAGACACUAAACAUCGAGGGCAACAAAUUAAGCCAACUUCCUGCCAGUGUCCCAUACUCCACCCUACAGAGCCUAGCAAUAGCUAAUAACCCAUGGCACUGCACUUGCCAACUGGCAGCCCUGCGGAGGUGGAUAGAUGGCAGCCGCUCUCGUCCAAAUGCCACCUGUGCCAGCCCAUCACAAUACCGUGGGCAGCAGCUGAAAGACACCGGGGCUUUUCGUUCCUGCAAGCAGCCUGUCAAGAAACUGCGGAAGACUGAACGUCAUUAAAGGCACCUAAUAGGCAGUCUCGGUGACGGACUGUUGACCAGAAAAACUACUGACCUCUAAGACCAGCCAGAAGCUUCUACCAAAGUCUGGAUGAAUCGCCUAUUUCUCCAGUCCCUAGGUUUUCUUCAGUCCCUGGUGUUUUGCCUCAUGCAAUCUGCUAAUACAUAUACUGAAUAUAGAGUACAACAUAUACUUUCCCAUACAGCUUUAUCACAUUACACAUCCAGAUAAUUGUGUAUUGUCCAGUAUUCUAAUCUUAUAUAUACAUAAAAACCCAAAUUCCUAAUAACAGCUAAGCCAAGGGUUCUUAUCAUCCGUAUAAAACUGGAUGAAGCAAAGGCAACGAAUCCCAACCAGAUAUUUAUCAUAAAAAUAUUCAAAUAACUAAAUAAUAACUAAUAACAAAAUAUCUAUUUAUUCAUGUUCAGUUACCAAGUUAAACCUCACCUGAUUCCCUUUCCAAAAGCCUUUUCCCUUCAGUAUCACUCCUCCAAAACCUACCUGAUUCACCUUGAUACCAAAACGGUCAUUUCCAUUAAAUUGUUUAUUUUCUUAUAUAAAUUUGGAUGUAUAUAAACAUUUUGGCUGCAA